UCUCUGCAGUAUGAGAACCCGUGGACCGUGCCCAACCUGCUGUGUGUUUGUCGCAUUCUGCUGGCUCCAUAUCUGGGUUAUCUGAUCACCCAGCAGCACUUUGACCUCAGCCUGGCUCUCUUCAUUCUGGCUGGAGCCACUGACCUGGUAAUGCAGACUCACCAUGCAUUUAAAAUGAAUCUGUUUUACUCGAUUCCUCUGUUUUUUCCAUGUUUUUCUUUCUUUUGUUUCCAGGUGACCCUUAGUAAGUUUUUUAACCCGUGCUACACUACAGCCCAGCUUAAACCCACACUCUUCAGCAAGUUCAACACAGCCAUCCAACUCUGCCUGGUCGCUGCCUCUCUGGCUGCUCCGGUCUUCCAGUACACCGACAGCAUCCUGCUGCAAUGCCUCUGGUAAGCUCACACCACUCCUGCUUCCCUUUGGAAUCGAGCAAUAAUAGAAGAAUAUGC